AAAAUGAUGAAGGGAACCAUCCAGUCUCGAGAUGUAAAAACUGGAGCUACUGGCUAUAAAAGGAUCAAAACAUUUAGAGGUAAUAGUCUCAUUAGUCAGAAGAAUUUUGAACGGAAUCCAGGAUUUGAGAGGAUUUACUCCCAACAAGUUCUUCACAGGAAAGACGGUCCACAGGCUAAUGAUCUCAGAAGAAAAAUCUCUCAACCUUCUGACGAAGAUUUCCAGAUCAACAUUCUAGAGGAGGAUACCUCUGGAACCAGCCUUGAGGACGACACUCAGGAUAAGAUCAGCCCUAAGAAGACUGCAUUUAGCUGGAUGAGCAAGAGAUUUGGAGGUGCUAAUAAGGUAAAAGUUAAAAGAAGAUCCCAACCUCCUGUUGUAACUAAGAAGAUCCAGGGUCCCAAGAAGUUCCUUGUUGCCAAGAAGAUCAUUAGAGAUGGGAAGAAGGUCUGAGGCCCAUUACCCGGAUCAAUUGAUUACGACCUGUCACAAGGAGAAGAUAAGUUCUUGACUGAGAAUAAAAAUAUACCAAUGAAGCACUAAAGACUAAGAAAAUUGUUCAUAACGCUCCUCUCAAAGUUCGAACUG